CAGAAGUAACCAGACCCGGAAACGCCUUUUAAAAUAACUGCGUCGUGUGUGAGUGGGGUUGCAUUGCGUUGCAGACCGUCACAGGCCUCGGACUCGCAGUCAUGGCUGGUAAAAGAGCUCUGGUGAUUCUGGCGAAGGGCGCGGAGGAGAUGGAGACGGUGAUCCCGGUGGAUGUCAUGCGCAGAGCGGGGAUUGCUGUUACAGUGGCAGGUCUGGCGGGUAAAGAGCCGGUGCAGUGCAGUCGUGAUGUCAUGAUAUGCCCAGAUUCAAGCCUAGAGGACGCCCGCAAACAGGGUCCGUAUGAUGUGGUACUUCUGCCUGGAGGUUUGCUUGGAGCUCAAAACCUUUCUGAGGUACGACUUUGCUUUAAUUAUCCUGAUGCAGGCCCGACGGCACUCUUGGCUCACGGUAUCGCAUAUGGCAGCACAGUUACCACCCAUCCAGGUGCCAAGGACAAGAUGAUGGCUGGUGAUCAUUAUAAAUAUUCAGAGGCUCGUGUUCAGAAGGAUGGUAACGUGAUCACCAGCAGAGGGCCAGGAACCAGCUUUGAGUUUGCCUUGACCAUAGUGGAAGAGCUUAUGGGUGCAGAGGUUGCUGCCCAAGUCAAAGCCCCCCUCAUCCUGAAAGACUGAUCAUCAAACUGUGAAGAUCUCGCAUUUACAAUUGUACUGCUAUUCCAAUCUGAAAGAGAGUUGAAUUUAAUUGGUUUAGAGUUUUCCUUGCAUGUGAGUUUCUGUAGGAAUAUGACUAUUUAAUGAAGUUACUUAAAUAUAUAUUUGAAGAGGUAAUCUAAAUGGCUUUUUAUGGCUUUCUGUGAGGUCUGAUUCCCAGUUCUCUUGCUCUGCACUUAUUAACUUCUGAACCAGAAUAAAGUCAUAGUGCACUAAACUCAUAA